CAGAGGACUUUUCCCAGAUCCUGGACCAUGGAAGAUUCCUCAAACUCGCGCAGUUAUCCUUAGAGAUAAUCUAGGAAUUGACGCUUUACCACGACAACGUUUUAAUAAAACUAAAAGAACACCUUAUGUACUUAAUAUUAUGGUUGUUGGUAAGCAUAAAUAGAAUUUUAUAAUCUUAAUUUCAAUCUUUUUAUCAAUAUUAUUUGAAUAAAUUUAUACAUUUUUUCAUAAACUGAAAGAAAUUGACGAAAUUCAUUCUUGUUGCGCGAAUUAUUAAAUACAUAAGGCGAGAGUGGACUCGGAAAAACCACUUUUAUGAAUACUUUGUUCAAUACACCCCUCAAAGAGGAAAUCCUCCCGAAAAAUCCACAAGCCACACAGACAGUUGAAAUUGUUCCCGUACAUUAUGAAUUGGUUGAAAAUGGUGUAACUCUUAACCUAACUGUCGUUGACACGCCCGGAUUCGGUGACCAACUUAACCGUGAACACAAUCUCAAUCCGAUUGUUGAAUAUAUUGAUAAUCAAUUCGAAGCUUACCACACGGCUGAGCGCAGUUCCGAAUUUAGACGUGCAAUUCCAGAUACUCGUAUACAUGCUCUAUUGUAUUUUAUUCCACCAACUGGUCAUGCUCUUAAAGAACUUGAUAUCAAAGCCCUCCAAGUUUUAUCUACUAAAGUUAAUGUAAUUCCCGUUAUUGCAAAAGCUGAUACACUUACACAUGAAGAAAAAUCGGCAUUUAAGAAAACUAUAUUAAGAGAUAUCGAUUUUAAUAAUAUCAGAACUUUCCCCACAGCUUAUCCAGAUGAUCGGGAGAGUGUUGAGGAACUUGAGAAAUAUAUUCCAUUCACUGUUAUUGGCAGUGACACAUUUGUGGAAGUAGAAGGUAAAAAAGUACGAGGACGAUUAUAUCGAUGGGGUGUAGUUGAAGUUGAAAACGAACAACAUUGUGAUUUCAUUCAUCUUCGUGAACUUCUUAUGACACAUGCGCUUCACGAUCUUCUUGAGACAAGUCAUACCGUUCAUUACCACAAUUUUCGAGCUCAAAGACUUCGUUCAAGUGGUCGUCCAGAAUCCAUUCUUGCUUGUGAUGAUUCUUAUGAGCACAGAAUUGAAAGAAGCAAACAAAAUAUGGCCGAAGAUAUGAUCAAAAAGGAAGAAGAAAUGAGACAAAACUUUGUGUUGAAGGUUAGAGAGAAAGAAGCAAGCUUAAGAGAAAGAGAAGAACAGCUUAAUCAACGCAGACAACAACUUAUGGCAGAAUUAGAAGAGCAACGUUUGGCACUUGCAGCUGAAGAACGUGAAUUCCAAGAAUUGUAUAAUGCAAGUCGGAGCACUAGUGUCUCAAAAGGCAGCAAAAUUUUUGGCAAGAAAAAUUGAUCACAUUUAAUUUCAUAAUUUAAUUUAUCCAUUUAUUUUUCUUGUAUUUUUAUUCAAAUGUCAUUUUUAAAUUCAUCAAUCCUAUUAUUUUUUUUUUUUUUUAUAUAAAUAGUAGAAAGGUCAUUAUUUUUGAAAUUUCCUAUUUUAUUUCAUUAUCUUGUAUUAGUUAAACAGUUGACCAAAUUUAUUGCUUUAGACAAAUAUUUUUUUUUUCUAUUAUGGUAUAUUGUUUGGAUUUUAUGUUGCUGGGUGACUAGAGUUUUUUUUUUUUUUAUAAUUCUUAUUACAAAAGAAUAAAAGUGAUUAUCAAAACAAUGAAAAUUUUAUAAAAUUAUAAAAUAAACAGAGUUUAAUCAAAACUCUUUUUAACCAUUAGUGCAUCAAUAACGGCUAAAAUAGUCCAUUUGCGAUUUUCGGCUUCUUGGAAUACAAAAGAUCUUGGGGAAUAAAAUACCUAAAA